CUCCCGUCCUCAGCUGACACUCUAAUGAGCGUCUAUGGGACCAAGCGGACUUCCCCACAUGGACCAGGAGUAGAAUCUGCUGUAAACUGACACUGCAAACACACACACAUACACACAGACAAACACAUCUACACAUUUGUAGAAGCAAAACACAUAAGCAAAGCGUGUUUUUCUUGACCAUGACGGACACUGCAGCCGAGGAGGACAAGGACCCUGAUAUUGAGCUAUUUGUCAAGGCUGGGAGUGAUGGGGAGAGCAUCGGAAACUGUCCCUUCUCUCAGCGCCUCUUUAUGAUCCUCUGGCUGAAGGGUGUAGUCUUCAAUGUCACCACAGUUGACCUUAAGAGAAAACCAGCAGACCUGCACAACCUGGCCCCAGGGACACACCCGCCCUUCCUCACCUUCCAGGGGGAAGUUCUCACUGAUGUGAACAAAGUGGAGGAGUACCUGGAGGAGAUGCUGGCUCCACCAAAGUAUCCCAAACUUGUAGCAAAGAAUCGGGAAUCAAACACAGCAGGAAAUGACAUAUUUGCCAAGUUCUCCGCUUACGUCAAAAACACAAGACCGGAUAAAAAUCGAGCUUUAGAGCAGAGUCUAAACAAGUCCCUGGCCAAGCUGGAUGAGUAUCUGAUGAGUGCACUACCUGACGAGGUCCAGGCGGGACACCACAGGGGCGGGGGAGAAUCCAAACGCAAAUACCUGGACGGAGACGAACUGACGCUGGCUGACUGCAACCUUCUGCCCAAACUUCAUGUUGUCAAGGUGGUGGCGAAGAAAUACCGGAACUAUGACAUUCCGUCUGAAUUCAAAGGGGUGUGGCGUUACCUUGGCAACGCCUACAACCGAGAUGAGUUCACCAACACGUGCGCAGCCGAUGUGGAAAUCGAGUUAGCCUAUCAGGACGUUGCUAAGAGGUUGGCAAAGUGAAUGCAUCACUAACACAGUCACUGUUGUAGGCCUACCUUUAUCUCCUUUUAGAAAAUCUACUAAAUCAUACUUCUGACACACAGCAUUCACUCUUUACAAGCCAUUUUUUAACACUAAUGUGCUGAAAUGUGGUUGAAUGUAGUACAGUGAUGUGGUGUCUCAAAGAAAAGAUGAAUAAUUUGUCUUUUUUUUUUUAAGUCUUAUGCCUCUGAGCA